AUGACGAAGGAAUCCGCCAGUGAGAUGGAACAGCUGUAUACCAAUAUAAUGCAGAUUCAUCGUACUCUGGAGACAUUGAAACGACCUAUUCACCACUGGGAUGAUUUCUUUGUUUUUAUUACAGUGCAACGUCUGGAUUCGGAAUCUCCUUUGAAAAAUCACGAACUGGAAAAUCUGGGACAUCGUCAACACCAAACACUUUCAAAGAAAGAGGCCCGAGCUCUAAUUGAUCAAGGCUCUGAAAUAUCUCUCGUUUCAGAACGCCUAGCUCAGAUGCUACAUAUUCCAAGGACUCAUUCUUCCAUCUGCUUAUCCGGAGUUGGUUGCCAACAGCAUAACAAUACUAAGGGCUCAAUACGUCUCACCUUGAGAUGUCAAUACGAUCAGUCUGAGCUCUCACUUUCAGCUCAUAUUUUACCAAAACUUACUGCACCUCUUCCGUCAACAAACUUCGAGCAGACUUCCUGGCCGCAUCUUGACGGACUUAAACUGGCAGAUAACAAUUAUAAAAUGCCGGGACCGAUUGACAUAAUAUUAGGCGCCGAUGUUUAUAAUCAGAUAAUCGAGGAUGGAUUAAUAAAGGGAGAUGCGAAAUCACCAAUCGCGCAGCUCACAAGAUUUGGAUGGAUUAUAUCAGGACCCGUUGAUAUUCAGUCUUCCUCUACAUCCAAGCAAGCAUAUCAUAUUGCCGUUGAUAGAGAUCUUCAUGAUUUAUUACAGAGAUUCUGGCAAUUUGAAGAAAUCUCAACUUCAACAUUGUCUUUAUCCAUCAACGAUCAAGAAUGUGAACGUCAUUUUAAAACAUCUCACUUACGCGAUCAAUCAGGAAGAUAUAUAGUCCGACUUCCUUUUAAUCAAUCAAGGAAAAAACUAGGAGACUCUCGCUCUAGAGCACUGCGGAUCAUCAACAGUUUAUCUAAGAAACUCAUGAAUGAACCAGAAUACUCGAUAGCUUAUCACGAAUUCUUACGAGAGUAUGAACGACUCGGUCAUAUGAUACGAGUUCCACAAUCGCAACCAGAGCCCGAAGAGGCUUACUACCUGCCUCAUCACGGAGUAUUUCGAGAGAACAGCUCAAUUACGAAACUCAGAGUGGUUUUUAACGGAUCAAGCCGAACCACUACCGAAACCUCUCUAAAUGAUCUUCUUCACACUGGCGCUAAAUUGCAGACUGAUGUCUUCGACGUACUCGUCUGGUUCAGACAAUUCCGAUACGUUUUUUCUUGUGACAUCAAAAAAGAUGUAUAG